UUGACGGUGAGAGUCGUUACACCAGGCGAGCUGCGGACCGUCGCGCUGACCUGACGGCGGAUCUUACCGGAGACAUUGUGGACGUUAACGCUGUCUGAACACGGUGUAAACUAGUGUUCACCCUCCGUUAGCUCGGUUUAGCCUCUUCGGGGCUACAUUAGGAGGCAUCCUGGAAGCACCGGGAGAACCGCGGAUAUCUACGCGGCAUGGAUGCUUCGUGACCCGCGGCAGGUGUGAAGAGAUGCCGGGGGAGCCGCCGGCGGGAACCGGCCGGGUGGUGCUCGUGAAGAAGAUCAUCAUGAAGGACGGAGCUGCGCUGCAGCAGGGUAUCGGCAGGCCCAGUGUGUAUCACGCAGUGGUGGUGAUCUUCCUGGAGUUCUUCGCCUGGGGGUUGCUCACCACGCCCAUGCUCACUGUUCUACAUGAAACUUUCCCGCAGCACACGUUCCUGAUGAAUGGACUCAUCCAGGGCGUGAAGGGUCUGCUGUCAUUUAUGUCUGCUCCUUUGAUCGGCGCGUUGUCGGACGUGUGGGGCCGACGCACCUUCCUGUUGGUCACCGUCUUCUUCACCUGCGCUCCGAUCCCUCUGAUGAGGCUCAGCCCCUGGUGGUACUUCGCCAUGAUCUCCAUGUCUGGAGCUUUCUCUGUCACCUUCUCGGUCAUCUUCGCCUACGUCGCUGAUGUGACGGAUGAAAGGGAGAGGAGUACAGCCUACGGUCUGGUGUCGGCUACGUUUGCAGCCAGCCUGGUAACGAGUCCAGCCAUCGGUGCGUACCUGUCAGCCUGGUACGGAGACAACCUGGUGGUUCUGGUGGCCACACUCAUCGCCCUGGCUGACAUCUGCUUCAUCCUGCUGGCUGUGCCGGAGUCUCUGCCCGACAAGAUGAGGCUCAACACCUGGGGGGCGCCCAUAUCCUGGGAGCAGGCCGACCCCUUCGCUUCUCUGCGUAAGGUGGGUCAGGACCCGACAGUCUUACUGAUCUGCAUCACUGUGUUCCUGUCUUACCUCCCUGAGGCUGGACAGUACUCCAGCUUCUUCCUCUACCUGAGACAGGUCAUUAAUUUCUCCUCCACGACCAUCGCUGUUUUUAUUGGAGUUGUAGGCAUCCUGUCCAUCGUAGCACAGACUCUGUUCCUCACGCUGCUGAUGAGGACCCUGGGUAAUAAAAACACGGUCCUGUUGGGUCUGGGCUUCCAGAUCCUUCAGCUGGCCUGGUACGGCUUCGGAUCAGAGCCAUGGAUGAUGUGGGCAGCUGGUGCAGUAGCAGCGAUGUCCUCCAUCACCUUCCCAGCUGUCUCUGCUCUGGUGUCACAGUCUGCUGAUCCUGAUAAACAAGGUGUGGUCCAGGGGAUGAUCACAGGGAUCAGAGGGCUGUGUAACGGUCUGGGUCCAGCUCUGUACGGAUUCAUCUUCUUCCUCUUCAACGUGGAGCUCAACACCAUGGACCCCAUCCAGGGAGAGUUCAACAUCGACCCCCUGCCUCUGCACAGUCCCACUGAGCUGGGACUCAUCCCGGGCCCGCCCUUCCUGUUAGGGGCGUGCACCGUGGUCGUCGCCUUCCUCGUCGCCCUCUUCAUCCCUGAGAAGCCUUCCUGCUCCUCCUCCCCCUCCCAGCUGUCCCUCAGCGACAAGCCCCACCUGGACAGCAAAGAGUCCAUGUCCUCGCUGGCCGGCGUCCACAUCAACACGCCCCUCCCGGGCAGCGACGAGGAGAACCCUCCCACUGCCAGCGAUGAGGACUUUGAGCCGCUCCUGCAGGACAGUAUCGUCUGAUGGACAGGUGGAAGGCUGGUUUGAUUGACAUUUUCUUUGCCGCAGGGCGGGACUAAGUGUACUUUUAUUGUCAGAAGAUUGCAGUUGACAGCAGGAAGCCAGUGGGUGUUGCUGACAGAGCCACCAGGAGCCGAGGAGGUACCAUCUCACGAGUGACCAAUAAGGAUGUAUCUUUCACGAGGAGGCGGGGCAAAGAGCUGCAAAUUACCAGCAGAGACCAGGAUGAUAAUUUGACUGACAGAAAGACGGUGGGGCCAACAGGGACAACACAUUCAAAAGGAAACCAUCGUUUGACUGACCAGACGAGGGGCCAACUGCGUUUCUUAUGGAACGGCUAGUUUUGGGACACGCCCACUUCAGAUCACCUAACGGGAAAGAGAAGUAUUUUUGAGGUUUUAACGGAAGGAUUAUCGUUCAUCUUUAAGCUUGAAGUUGUUGAUUGUUUUUGUGAUAAACAAGAAAAGGUGUUUUUACCUUCAGCUGUAUCAUUUUGAAGCCGUAUUUUGAUGCUGUGAUUAUUUCUUAUUGGUUAUUGUACAAAAGAAACACGUCUGCAGCGUAUUUACAGCAGCCAAAACAUCAGUGUUGAUUUAUAUUUUUUCUUUUUGGGGCUGGGUUUUGGGAUUUUUAUUCUUUUUAAGUGUACAGUAUCUUCCUGCUACGAGCUAUCGAUCGCUAACAAGGUGUGAAUGUGACGAGCUGAGAGACGAGUCAGCCACCUGAGAUCCAGCAUGACAAACUAUCAGAUUUAUUUUCAUGGCCAGGUUUCCUCUUGAGUUUUUAGUUUCUCUAAAUUAAUUUCUUUAUAAAACAAUACCAGAACACCUCAGUGGGUAGUCUUCACUUGUAGUUUCAGCAGUCAUUGUCCCCGUCUGUCACUCUACCUCAGAUCAGCAUGUUUUUAAAUCAGACUCACCCUGGAUUCACUCAUCCUCUGUCACCUGUGUUUUAUUUUUAUAUCAGAGUCACUUUAUGAAUGCUGCUGGCUGCUGGCAGGGGAAAUCCUCAGAGCUGCAACUUCACCUUCAGAUAUUGUUCAUGGUUACAGUAUUGCUCAUUUUUAUUUUUAAUGUUAGUGGAAAGUGGUUGUGCGGCUCAAACUGUCCAACAAACAAGUCAGAUAUAGAAACACAAUCACAACAGAUUCUUAGAUUUAGUGCAUUUGUUGUGUAAAUCCAUUUGGACCAGUGGGACAACAGGUGGCACAGUCACACAUAUUUGAACAUUUAAUGAUAAUAUUUAAAGGGAAACUAUGCAGGAUUAGCUAACGCAACAUUCAGACCUGGCCCCUCCUGCAUACUUCGCCCGUACGUACACUGCAAGAUACUUUUGUAGCUGCUGGUACCUACUUGUCCGUCAGAAAUCAUUGCACAGCUUGAUGCUAUAUUUUCUUAGAUAUCCUCUUAGGUAUCAGAAGGUGCGUUUCCAUCCACCUGUUUUUAAGCGCGCUUUUAAUCUAUACAUAGAAAUACCUGAGUGAAAUCACCUAAAGAAUUGGGAAAAAAAUCUCGAUCACUAAAAAGAAUGCAGAAAAGUAAGUGUUCCUUAUAUAUGUGCCCCACCCAAUUAGAUGGGGAAAAAUUGACAGAUGAUUUCGGUAUCCGCUUUUGGCCAAAUAAGAUUAAAAAAAUCCAAUAUCGUGCAUCCCAAGCGCCUAUUGCUCAAUAUUGCUAUUGCUCAUCUCGAUAAACCAAAUCCCAAUAUUUGCAUAACAGUCGUAAAUAGAGAUACACACAAAUUUGCAUUUUCUUUGUACCCUGGAAAUCCAGAGUUCUCGCAAGAGCACAAUUUGAAUUUGCUCAGCGAGUCACUCUGGCAAUCAGUAAUGAUGCUCGUUACUCAUGCCGUUGGAACCGAGCUGCACCAAUCACAUCGGUGUAUCUGAUAUAGGCGGGCCAGAGGCGAGCUAAACAGAUGACGACAGCGCUGCAACGACAAAGUCCGUAAUCAGUCAGUAAACAUUGCAAGAUGGCUACGGAUGAACACCAGCUGUUUGAAACGGCUUUGGCCGCUACAAUGAACGAGUUAGACUUGGCUUUUUCUCUAAAAGAAGAACAGAAGACGGCGCUCGAGUCUUUCCUUUGCAAGAAGGAUGUUUUUGCUGUUUUGCCGACCGGAUACGGCAAGAGUCUAAUCUACCAGUUAGCUCCGCUGGUAGCUAAGCUCUGGAUACGUCACCCCGUGUAUUGUUCUGAUUGGUCAUAGUGUUAUCCAAUUGCGUGCAGUGAUAUUUACAAAUGCAUGCUUGGUGCUGCCCCUCGAGUUGGGCCACUUUCAUUACUCAUGGCCAGACCCUAAAUCUUUCUAGAUUUGGGUCUGGAUUUCAAGGCUAUUUUCUUUGACCAAUUUUGUGAAGACAUGGUUAAAAUUUGUGCUACGUUUGGAUGGAAACCCAGCUAUACUGUAUCAAAAUAAUGGACAUAGUCACUGUGACGUCACUCGUUGAUUGUUGGACUAGUUGGACAAGUCUGGCAUGUAGAGUUUUGGAGCCAGAAGUGACUGUUUGGAUGGCCACACCCUUAAUUAUGAGGAACUUUAACCCCUAAUUAAAUGUAAACAGGUGGGUUACAUAUAAAUUCACCCCACCACAAUUGUCGUGAAUGUUAAAAUUAGCUAUAGAGACCAAAACCUUUUUUUGUACCAGGCUGUUAACAUGUUUACUUCUGCUGUAAAGCUGGACAUUUUAACAUGAGGGUCUGUGGGGAUUGACUCACUCUUGGAGCCAGCCUCAAGUGGCCAUUAGAGGAACUGCAGUUUUUUCCUCUUUUGCAUUGGCUUUACUUUUCAGCCCCGGAGCUUGCUACGUGGUCAUUCGUGAUGAUCCUGCAUAGUAUAUCUUUAUGAUCCAGUCUCCAAAGGAAGAUCAAAAUGAUCAGGUUUUUUACUUUUUAAAACAAAUACGUAACAACUCAGGUGUCACGCUGCCUUCUAGUGUAGAGAAGUGCCACUAGAUGGCAGCAUGACACCAUGAAGACACUGCUUGUGGCUCUGAUUGCCCAGGCUCGGCGUGCCUUCGUCUGUAAGUAGCGAUGGGUGCCUGGUCUCACUAUCGCAAGUGUAGUUUUUACGUUAACUGUGAGAUCAGCUAGUCAUUUAUGCGCUGAGAGUGUCUCACAGUAUGAUUUUAAAAACACAUGGUUUUAUUUCAUUGACGUUGCAGUUAUGAGGUUUUCUCCUGCAGCAGUGAUUUUCCUGUGAAUGAACUUAUACUUGAAGCAUCAGACAGAUUUAACAAGAGCUUUAGAGAAGAUUUAGCAGAGUUUAGCAGUCUAUAACUGGAACAGAGUGUACAUAGUUAUGUGCUUUAUGAGCCUAAAGAGUAACUGUAAAUGUGAAUUAUAUUAUGGUCUGUAUAUAAGUGAAGUGUGGGGGUGUUUAUCGUGGUUGGUAUGAAGGUGAAGGUUUGCCUUCAGUAAACAGUUUCACUUCAUUUCCCCUUUCUGCUGUCGUUCACACCAGAGUGUGUUCACAUGCGCACUAAUGUCCUGGUAAUGUGUCUUGUAUCAUAUUCGGUCACUUUAUUCAUCACUUUAUGAUGGCAGUCAAACAAGGAGAAAAUUGUCUGUCAUAUCUUUGCAGCUCUCACUUUUUUAAUGAAAUCUGAAAGGUGCUAGAUCAGAUCUCCAACAAACAGAUCUGCAUUUACAUAAUUUCUCCAGUCUCAUCUGUUUCAGCUCUUUAAUUUAACACUAAGUCUCAUUUCAUGACUGUAACAUUGACAGACGCCUGUUUAUGCUGCCAUUGUCACAUUUCAUGCUUUGUCUUAAGUACACCAGUUUUCCAAAUCACGUAAUUUAAAUUUCUGGAGAUCUUAAGUUUGAUGCAGCAGGAUAUUUGUGCGCAUAUGAACACAGUUAUUUAGUUAAAAUCUGCACCCGCUCAGUGAAACUGACUCAGCAGUGUAAAUAUUGUACAUGGAUUGGAUGUUUGUACAUGUGAAGAAAUGAAAUGUACAUGGGAUUCACUGUAAAUACACUUUGUCUGUUGUCUUGUCUGGAAACGUACCAGCCAGUUGUUGGUUAUUGGAAAUUAAAACAGAGUAAC